CGCAAAUGAUGAAUAAGCUGACCAAUCCUAUUUUCAACCCAAAUAUCCGAAAAGCAUCAAAACUGUAUGGAAUUUGCCUUCAAAGUGGUCUGAGAUCCUUUUCGACUACUUUUAAGCUGUCAGAGUCCUUCUUAGAGCCAUAUAGAGCUAAAAAGGUCAACUUUGGCUUUAAUGGGCUUGGAGAAAUAGCUUAUAUCAGGACUUAUUCCAGAGUGAAAGAAGAUGGAAGUAAUGAGCAAUGGGCUGAUACUGUUGAAAGGAUCGUCAACGGAUGCUUUAGCAUGCUCAAUUACUGUGCUCCAAAUUCCAUGUACCAAGAGAUGCAAGAAAUUAAUGCAAUGAGAAUGUAUGACAAAAUAUACAAUUUUAAAUUCUUACCUCCUGGAAGAGGUAUUUGGGCUAUGGGAAGUCAGAUAACUGAGAAAAAGAGACUAUACACUGCUCUCAACAACUGUGCUUUUGUUUCUACUAAAGUUGAGGAUGGAGUCAAGAACACUCUUCCCUUUACAUUCCUGAUGGACUCAAGCAUGCUCGGUGUUGGAGUUGGCUUUGAUACCAAGGGAGCUGGUCAUAUCAGAAUCUUCCAACCUAUACAGGACCGAUACACAACAUAUCAGAUUCCUGAUACUCGUGAAGGCUGGGUUGAAAGCAUCGAGAUCCUUCUGAGUUCCUUCUUUGAAGAAGGGAAACCAAGUGUGAAAUUUGACUAUAGUCAAAUUCGUCAAAAAGGUAUUCCAUUAAAAAUAUUUGGAGGGUUUUCCUCAGGUCCAGAGCCACUGAUCGAACUUCAUGAAUCAUUGCAGAAACUUUGUAGCUCUAUCAUUGGGACAACUUUCAGUGUCAGAAACAUUGUUGACAUCAUGAACUUGAUUGGCAAAUGUGUUGUCAAAGGCAAUAUCCGCAGAAGUGCUGAGAUUGCAAUGGGUGAGUAUGAUGAUAAGGAGUUUAUCCAACUCAAAAAUUACCAAAAAUAUCCUGAAAGAAUGGACCAUGGAUGGGUCAGUAAUAACUCUAUUCUUGCCAAAACUGGCAUGGAUUAUUCCCAUGCUGUUGAAAAUAUCCUUACUAACGGAGAGCCAGGAUUUGCUUGGUUACAAAAUAUGAGAGAUUAUGGAAGGAUGGCCGACCCUGCAGACUACAAAGAUGCAAAAGCAGCUGGGGGAAACCCUUGUUUGGAGCAGACUCUUGAGUCAUUUGAGAUGUGCACUUUGGUUGAAACUUUUCCUAAUCAUCACCAGAGUUUUGAUGAUUUCAAAGAUACGCUCGAACUUGCCUUCCUCUAUGCUAAAAUUGUUACUCUUGGACUAACACAUUGAAAUGAAACGAAUGAAGUUAUGGCUAGGAACCGGAGAAUAGGUUGUUCAAUGAGCGGAAUCGCUCAGUUUGUAUCUGAUAGAGGCCUUGAAGCUUUACGUAGAACUUGAGAUGAAGGAUAUAAAUACCUAAGAGAAUAUGACAGCUACAUUUCUAAACAGUUUGAUGUUCCCGAGUCUAUAAAAAUAACUUCUAUCAAACCAUCUGGAACUGUCUCUUUGCUUGCAGGAGCAACUCCAGGAAUGCACUUCCCUGAGAGUCAGUACUACAUUCGAAGAGUGAGACUUUCGAAGGAUAACGCUUUGGUACCAAUCCUUCAAGGAGCCGGGUACAGGACUGAAGAAGAUGUAUACACUCCAAAUACAGUUUGUGUUGAAGUUCCUGUAGAUCUUGGUCCAAAUAUCAGAACUCUCGAGAAUGUUUCACUCUGGGAGCAACUAUCCCUCGCAUCUUUCUUGCAGAAGUAUUGGGCUGACAACCAAGUGUCAUGCACAGCUUCAUUUGAUCCUGAAACUGAGAAAGAUCAGAUUGAGCCUGCACUGAAUCAUUUUCAAUAUCAUCUGAAGGGAGUCAGUUUCUUGCCAAAAGCAGUAGGCUCUUAUGCCCAGAUGCCUUAUGAGAAAAUAGAUUCAAUGAAAUAUAAAGAAAUUUCUUCGAAAAUAACUCCAGUGCAGCUCAGCAAGAAGCUAAGUGAGUCUGAGAUCACAUUUGAAGACCCUGUUGGAGAGAAAUAUUGUGAUAACAGCUCGUGAGAGCUUGCUUAGAUCAUUCACUUUUCAUUAUCAGAGAGUGUGAUUUUGACCACUCCAUAAUUUUACAUCCUAUAAUCUU